AUGGGUAAAAAGGCUAUUGAUGCACGUAUCCCAGCGUUGAUACGUAAUGGGGUUCAAGAAAAACAACGUUCCUUUUUUAUCAUUGUUGGUGAUAAAGCUCGUAAUCAAUUACCAAAUUUACAUUAUUUGAUGAUGAGUGCUGAUUUGAAAAUGAAUAAAUCAGUUUUAUGGGCCUAUAAGAAGAAAUUAUUAGGAUUUACAUCUCAUAGACAAAAGCGUGAAGCUAAAAUCAAGAAAGAUAUAAAACGUGGUAUUAGAGAAGUUAAUGAACAAGAUCCCUUUGAAGCUUUUAUUUCUAAUCAACACAUUAGAUAUGUCUAUUAUAAAGAAACAGAAAAGAUCUUGGGUAAUACUUAUGGGAUGUGUAUUUUACAAGAUUUUGAAGCCAUUACUCCUAAUUUGUUAGCUCGUACUAUUGAAACCGUUGAAGGUGGUGGUUUAGUAGUUAUUUUGUUAAAGAACAUGACAUCAUUGAAACAAUUGUAUACCAUGUCUAUGGAUAUUCAUUCAAGAUAUAGAACUGAAGCUCAUGAUGAUGUUGUUGCUAGAUUUAAUGAAAGAUUCUUGCUUUCUUUGGGUUCUUGUGAAAACUGUUUAGUCGUUGAUGACGAAUUAAAUGUUUUACCAAUAUCUGGAGGUAAACAUGUGAAACAAUUACCACCAAAGGAUGAUGAUGAAUUGACUCCUAAUGCUAAGGAAUUAAAAGAGUUGAAAGAAAGUCUUGCUGAUGUCCAACCUGCUGGUUCAUUAGUGUCUUUGUCAAAAACAAUUAAUCAAGCACAAGCUAUCUUGACAUUUAUUGAUGUCAUUUCAGAAAAAACCUUGAGAAGUACUGUCACUUUAACUGCCGGUAGAGGUCGUGGUAAAUCUGCUGCCUUGGGUAUUGCUAUUGCUGCUGCUAUUUCUCACGGAUACUCAAACAUUUUUGUCACAUCUCCAUCCCCAGAGAACUUGAAGACCCUUUUUGAAUUUAUCUUUAAAGGAUUUGAUGCUUUGGGAUACACUGAACAUAUGGAUUAUGACAUUAUUCAAUCAACCAACCCAUCAUUCAAUAAAGCUAUUGUCAGAGUUGAUGUCAAAAGAGAACAUCGUCAAACUAUCCAAUAUAUUGCUCCUAACGAUAGUCAUGUUUUAGGUCAAGCUGAAUUGUUGAUUAUUGAUGAAGCAGCUGCAAUCCCACUUCCAGUUGUCAAGAAAUUAAUGGGUCCUUACUUGAUCUUUAUGGCAUCUACUAUUAACGGGUAUGAAGGUACUGGUAGAUCAUUGUCCUUGAAAUUGAUUCAACAAUUGAGACAACAAUCCAAUAAUACUACUCCAUCCGAUACCACUAUUGUUUCACGUGACAAGAAAUCAAGUGAAGUUUCUGGAUCAUUGACUAGAAAUUUGAAAGAAGUUGUCUUGGAUGAACCAAUUAGAUAUGCUCCAGGAGAUCCAGUUGAAAAAUGGUUGAACAAAUUGCUUUGUCUUGAUGUUACUUUGGCCAAAAAUGCCAAAUUUGCUACUAAAGGUACCCCACACCCAUCUCAAUGUCAAUUGUUUUAUGUCAAUAGAGAUACAUUAUUCUCCUACCACCCAGUUUCUGAAGCAUUUUUACAAAAAAUGAUGGCAUUGUAUGUUGCCUCACAUUAUAAAAACUCUCCAAAUGAUUUACAAUUGAUGAGUGAUGCUCCAGCACAUCAAUUAUUUGUAUUGUUGCCACCAAUUGAAGCUGGUGACAACAGAAUUCCUGAUCCAUUAUGUGUUAUUCAAUUGGCAUUGGAGGGGGAAAUUUCUAAAGAAAGUGUUAGAAAAUCAUUAUCUCGUGGUCAAAGAGCUGGUGGUGAUUUGAUUCCAUGGUUAAUUUCCCAACAAUUCCAAGAUGAAGAAUUUGCCUCGUUAUCAGGUGCAAGAGUUGUUAGAAUUGCUACCAACCCAGAAUACUCUGGUAUGGGAUAUGGUUCCAGAGCAAUGGAAUUAUUACAAGAUUAUUACCUGGGUAAAUUUACCGACAUAAGUGAAUCCAAUGAAUUGAAUGAUCAUACAAUUACCAGGGUCACUGACAAGGAAUUGGCCAAAGCUUCAUUGAAAGACGAAAUUAAAUUAAGAGAUGUCAAAACCUUGCCACCAUUGUUAUUGAAAUUGUCAGAAAAGGCUCCAUAUUAUUUAGAUUAUUUGGGUGUUUCUUAUGGUUUCACUUCACAAUUACAUAAAUUUUGGAAGAAAGCUGGUUUCACUCCUGUUUACUUGAGACAAACUGCCAAUGAUUUAACUGGUGAACAUACUUCAGUUGUUAUCAACGUCUUACCUGGUAGAGAAGAUAAAUGGUUACACGAAUUUUCAAAAGAUUUCCACAAGAGAUUCUUGAGUUUAUUGUCGUAUGAAUUUAAGAAAUUCCAAGCCUCUCAAGCAUUGAGUAUAAUAGAAGCCACUGAACAAGGUGAGGGAAACAAUGGAUCUCAAUCCAAAUUGACUAAAGACCAAUUAGACGCCUUGUUGUCACCAUUUGAUUUGAAGAGAUUGGAUUCAUAUGCCAAUAAUUUGUUAGAUUAUCAUGUUAUUGUUGAUAUGUUGCCAUUAAUUUCCCAAUUAUAUUUCUCCAAGAAGACCGGUGAAGAUGUUAGUUUGUCAUCUGUCCAAUCAGCUAUUUUACUUGCUAUUGGUUUACAACACAAGGAUAUGGAUCAAAUUUCCAAGGAGUUGAACUUGCCAACUAACCAAGCCAUGGCUAUGUUUGCUAAAAUUAUCCGUAAAUUCUCCACUUAUUUCAGAAAAGUUUUAAGUAAAGCCAUUGAAGAAAGUAUGCCAGAAUUAGAAGAUGAACGUGUUGAUGAAAUGGAUGGUAAGAGUACUGAACAAAUUGAUGUUGAAGCUGUUGAACAAAGAUUACAAGAUGAUUUGGAAGAAGCUGGUGAUGAAGCCAUCAAAGAAAUGAGAGAAAAACAACGUGAAUUAAUCAAUGCUCUUAAUUUGGACAAAUAUGCCAUUGCUGAUGAUGGUGAAUGGGAUGAAAAAUCCAUGGAUAAAGUAGUCAAGGGAAAGGGAAGUGUUGUUAGUAUAAAAAGUGGUAAGAGAAAAUCAGGAGAAAGUGCCACUGAAAUCUAUGAAAAGGAAAUGAAAUCUAUUAAAAAAUCCAAAAAAUCAAAGAAGUAA